CCCACAUCCCUGCCGCGGCCCGGAGCCGCCUCCUCACUCUCCGCGGCACCGCCCCGUACCCCGUGACGGUCCCGCCCCGGCGGUAACAGCGGGAGCAGUGGUCCCGCUGGGCGCGGAGGAGCCAUGGGCUCGGCGGCGGAACUCCUGCUGCUGCCGACACCGCCACAGCCGCUCGGGGAGUGCGAGCGGGAAGCUCUGGCAGCGCCCGCCCGGCACCGGCGGCGCCAGGAGGAGCAGGUCCAACAAGGACAAAGAAACCACACUGCAGAACCUGUAAUAGACGACUAUAAAAAAAUGGGGACUCUCUUUGGCGAACUAAACAAAAGCCUCAUCAGAAUAGGCUUCACAAGGAUGUACUUUGGAGAACGGAUAGUAGAACCUGUAAUAAUUAUAUUCUUCUGGGUCAUGCUCUGGUUUCUUGGCCUACAAGCUCUUGGACUGGUUGCUGUUCUGUGCCUUGUCAUUAUUUAUGUACAACAGUGAAAUUUUAUAUAUGCUGUUCACAUAAGGUAUUUCAACACUGUCACUGUGUCAGUGGAUUUAUGAGUUUAAGUGAAAGGGUGGCACAUCAAAAGCUGCAAUCCUUUGAAUUGCAUUACAUUGAAGUUUCAAUGCUUGGGACGAGGAGGACUAAAACGAUAUAUUUUAAGCAGUCAGCAGUGCCCUACUAUUUCUUUGAAGGGCAAAAAAUGACAUGCUUGUAAUAUAAUGGUGUCCAGCAUACUGUUUUCUGCAUUCUUGGGGCCUUAGUCCAAGGACUGGCUUUUUAUCAUUGCCCUCUCCCCCUGCAAUGUUCUUGCUAGCAUAUUCAAAAUUUCCUGCCUGGUUUUACAAGGGCACUCAAUGUGAGUGUCCUGUUUCAGUGUUGUGAGGGGCUCAUGUGCUGUUUGUUCCCUGAAUCUGCCUAACUGGCUCUUUUUUCACUAAAAAGGUAAAUCUGCACGAGGGAGGUUUGCUAACAAACAGACCUGCAAUGACAAAUGGUCAUAAGGUGAAUGCAACUUCCUGACACAAAAGUAUCUUUGGUUAGUAUAGUUUAUAACACGCUUUCCCUUCGGAAACAAGCUAUGCUAGCAAAAUAGCAAAAUUCUUUUAUGCUAAUAUUAGUAGCUUCCCACAAGGCUUUAGCUGUUCAGGAGGAAUCACAGUCCUGUGUUGGCCAAAUGGUCUAAUGUAGCUUUGCCUUGUGUUUGGAAAUGUACUCUGCUCCUGCUGCUAUUUUUCUUUCUUUUUUUUUUUAUACUUGCUCUUUCCCCCAGCCCUCCUGCUGAAGAUAAAUAUCUGGAUAAUUCAUGGACUUUGUAGGUAGUUACAGCUGCAGUGUUGGAGAGCUGCCAUUCCAAUUGGCAGUGCUAGAUAGAAUAUUGUCUGCUUCCUCUGGGUUGCGUGUGAAGUGUCUGAGCAUCCAGACAGAUAUCAGACCAGAUCUCUUAAAACUUCCCUCAUUUGCUGCAGUGUGGACCAAACACGAGCUGGAAGCCUUGUGUACAUAAACAAAUCAGACCCGUUUCCUCAUGCAGGGCAAGAAUGCAGUCGAAGUCAGGUGGUCAUUUCAUGAUGAUUCAUUUUCACACUAGACAACAAAAGGGCAUAUCUGUAGUUGCAUGUCACAGGUAACACAAAUGGGAGAAUAGGAUACACACAUUCAAGAGCAGGUGCACAAUUCACUUUGGCUCCUAGGGAGCCAGGGUGAAUACUCAGUACACCAGGGGUGUACUGGGUAUUUCCAAGUUGAAUGUGCUCAUUUAAAGAAAAACAGUAAAAUGAGACGCUCUUUACUGAAUAGGCUACCAAUUUAAUAACUUUUAGUAAGAAACCUAAUUGCAAAAUGGAAUUCUGUGGUAGAGCAAAAUUAUAAAUUUAUACAACGUAAUAGAUGUGAAAUGUACAGAGAACUACUUAACCUUUUGCAGUGACUUUUUUCCUAAACGUUUUUAUACUCACAGAGAUCAACAGUAGAUUAGUUGAAAAUGCUUCUUAUCCAGAGGCUUUUGAAGUUAAGGAGAGCUUCUCUAUGGUCCCAGUCCUGCAACUGGAUUCUCAAGGCUGUUUUGUGCCUACUUGGAUCAUGUUGGUUGCUGAGCUCUAUUUCCAGGACCUUUGGCACCAGUCCUCAUGGACCUUCCUAUUAGUGAAAUAAGUGUGAUUUAGGGCAGUGAACGUGAACUUUAAAGUCUGUCUAUGCCUAAAUAUUAUCUGUAGAGGUGUCUUUCUGCUUUUGUAAUGAAUGAAUUAGUUACAUUUUGAGGAGCCUGGUCUCCUCUCCAGGUCUUCACAUGAGGGGAACUGAAGCCCAGCUGUGUGUUCUGAUGGCAACCUGCAUUCAUUGGUCCCUACUUAAAUAGUUAUGCUGGUGGCAGGGAAAUGUUUGACAACAGAAGAUGUUCUGGAUACAGGGCUUUGUUACUCACAGCUGGAAGUCGCAAAGCAAACAGCAAGUGCAGGCUGAACUCAGAGGCAGGAGCUCUGUACUCACAAGUGCCUAGGGAUAAACUGGUUUUGUUUCAAGUCCCUUAGAAAGCAGAGCAUCUGUUUACACCUUUGUAUAUUUGUAUAGCUACAAUGGUGAUUUAUAUGUGUUCUUUCCCUAGACCCUUUUGUAUAAGGGCUGUACUACAAAAGCAUCUUGUUCUUU